UUGACGCUUGUUCAAUAUUUUUUACAGAACUCUGGCGUAAUAUUUGUUUAUUUUUUACUUACAAAUAGACAGACUGCUCAUCAUAUUAGUGUGGUUCAAAAGUGUUUAGCAGCCAUGACUUUAUUCGAGGAUCAAAACCAUUUGGGAUUUAUUCAGGAACGACUGAAGAAAGCUGAAAAGCGAUUAGAGGAGCAUGAUUAUGAUGCUGAAGCAUGGAGUACGAUAGUCAGGGAGGCAAAUACCAAGAAAAUAGAAGAAGCACGGCCAUACUAUGAAAAAGUUGUUGCUAAGUUUCCAAGUACCGGCAGAUAUUGGAAAUUAUACAUCGAACAUGAGAUGAAAUCAAGACAUUAUGAAAGAGUUGAAAAGUUAUUCACUCGGUGUCUUGUGAAAGUGUUAAAUAUUGACCUAUGGAAGACCUAUUUAAGUUAUGUUAAGGAGACAAAAGGCUCGCUGCCAUCAUACAGAGAGAAAAUGGCACAAGCUUAUGAUUUUGCUUUGGACAAGAUGGGAAUGGAUAUCGGUUCAUACCCAAUAUGGAGUGACUAUAUUACAUUUUUGAAAAAUGUAGAAGCUGUUGGAAGCUAUGCAGAAAACCAAAGAAUAACUGCUGUGCGAAAGGUGUAUCAGCGUGGCAUAAUCAAUCCAAUGACAAACAUUGAACAAUUGUGGAAGGAUUAUGUUAGCUAUGAACAGAGUAUCAAUCCCAUCAUAGCCGACAAAAUGAUUCAAGACCGUAGCAGAGACUAUAUGAAUGCUCGCAGGGUAGCUAAGGAGUAUGAAGCUGUGACAAGAGGUUUAAACCGCAAUGCUCUCUCUACUCCACCUCAGGGUACACCAGAAGAACUUAAACAGGUCGAUUUGUGGAAACGAUAUAUUGCUUGGGAGAAAGGAAACCCUUUAAGGACUGAAGAUCAAUCUGUUCUUACUAAACGAGUAAUGUUUGCUUAUGAGCAAUGUUUACUCUGUCUUGGACAUCAUCCAGAUAUAUGGUAUGAAGCUGCUCUUUUUUUAGAGCAAUCCAGCAAGCUUUUGAUUGAAAAAGGGGACCUUUCUGCUGGUAAACUUUUUAGUGAUGAGGCAGCUGCUAUAUAUGAUCGAGCCACAACUACAUUUUUAAAGACAAAUAUGUUGCUUCAUUUUGCAUAUGCUGAUUUUGAAGAGGGUCGUAUGAAGUAUGAUAAAGUCCGUCAAAUAUAUGAAAAAUUUAUUGAAAACCCCGACAUUGAUCCAACAUUGGCUUAUAUUCAGUAUAUGAAAUUUGCUAGAAGAGCUGAAGGAAUUAAAUCUGCCAGAACUAUAUUCAGGAAAAUGCGUGAACAUAACAGGACAAGGCAUCAUAUAUUUGUUGCAGCUGCUUUAAUGGAAUACUAUUGCAGUAAGGAGGCAAACGUUGCAUUUAAAAUAUUUGAACUUGGUCUUAAGAAGUAUGGUGAUAAUCCUGAUUAUAUAUUAGCUUAUGUCGACUAUCUAUCCCAUCUUAAUGAUGAUAAUAAUACAAGGGUAUUAUUUGAAAGAGUCUUGUCUACUGGAAGCUCUCUGCCACCUGAGAAACAAAUUGAAAUUUGGAAUAAAUUUCUGGAAUUUGAAUCAAAUGUUGGAGAUCUUGCAAGUAUACUUAAAGUUGAGAAAAGAAGAGCUGCAAUCAUUGAACAGCUCAAAGAAUUUGAAGGAAAAGAAACUGCUCUAUUGAUUGACAGAUACAAAUUUAUGGACUUAUAUCCUUGCACAGUUUCUGAACUUAAGUCAUUAGGCUAUAAGGAAAUAGCAAAGCAACAUUCUUCAGGCAUAGCAUCAUCAUUUUUGGGUAAAGAUUCCAUUUUGGAAGAUGAGAAAGACAAAAAACCUCCAUAUCCAGUUCCAGAUACAUUACAGAUGAUACCUUUCAAACCCAGACAAAUAUAUCCUACUGCUGCACAUCCAGUUCCUGGAGGAGUCUUCCCUCCACCUCCAAGUGCUUCCUACAUCAUGACAUUACUUCCACCACCAACAUCAUUUCAUGGUCCUUUUGUUAGUGUAGAUGAUUUAAUUAAAGUCAUCCAGAUGUGGAGGCUACCUGAGAAUCCACCACGUUCAACUGUGGAAAAUGGUGUGGUGAAAGACAUAGAGAAAUUUUUUGAACAAGCUAUCAGUGCCUCUGAUGUUAAAAAAAGGAAAAUUGACGGUCUUCAGGAUGAAAGUGACGAUGAAGAAGGAGGACUUGUUCCUCCAAUAAAAGAUGUAUAUCGUGCCAGACAACAGAAGAAAGUUAAAUAAUUUAGUUGGACACCAAAUGAGCUGAGGAAAAUAAUGUGACGAAAAUUUAAUAACAUCAAAGUAGCUUACCAGAGUAUGCAUUUUCUUCUUAAAUGAAAUGGGAUAUUUUUCCCAUCAUUGAGGAAUUAAACUUUUAAAGAAGUUUAAUAGUUUCAAUUCCAGGACUGGUUAUAAUGUAUUGUUGAUAAUUUGAUCUUUCUCUUUUUUUUUCUUUUUUAAUUUUAAUGCUUCUUUUUGACAUAAUAAAGUAUUAAAAUGUCAAUAACAAAUUAAAAAAUAAAAUUAUCAGCAAUUAUUUUUUUGCAAACCUAAAAAAAUGAGAAUUGUUCUUUAAUAGCUACUUACUGUUAUUUUGAGAAGUCUUUGUGUAAGGACCUAUUUUUAUGGUGUUAUAAAUUUUUGUCUCAUACUUUUUGAUUGCUCAAAACAAUGUACAUAAUUGUGAAUAUGUUUUCUCUUUUGUAAUAUACUGUGAAUUUUUUUUCUAACUUCUGAAUUUUACAAGAACAUAACUGUCACAAAUUGUCAGUCAAGAGGAAAUACAGAUACAUUUAGGUAUAUGUCUCCCUAUUCAAAGUCGUGUGUUUAUUUAUUUUUUUCCUGUAUGGACUAUGAUGAAUAAACUUUUUAAUUUUUAAUACUU